GCCAGCCUACAACAAGGACAAACAAACGCAAGUACUCAUCAAUAAAUCCGGGCCUUCUGUCGUGCCCCGGGCCGCCCUUGCUCUGCACCGAGGCUCGGCAGGGGUGGAGUGGCCCUUACACUUCGUUUCAUAUUUGCGAGGAUGACAGUUCUUCCAGCAGCUGAUGCACCAAUCCCCAUCUUCACCACCCUGAAAGAAGUGUAUGGCAGUCUCGCGACAGCAGCCAAACACGCAGAACGCUGGGACGAGCUUGUCAGAGAAUUUGAGACCAAGUUCAGUCACAAACCUACCUAUAUCGCCCGAGCCCCAGGCCGAGUCAACCUCAUUGGUGAACACAUAGAUUAUGCGGACUUCGGUGUUUUUCCAGCCGCUAUAGAGCAUGAUAUUCUCAUUGCUUGUGCUCCGCGGCCAGCGCCUACCGCUACCGCGCAUCCUGAGGGUUAUUCGCCAGGCUCUGUCGUAGCUGAGAACCUUCACACUCGUUACACACGCCAGGUCUUCUGGCCGACUCGCCGUCACACGCUUGGCGACGACGUUCCCCUUGACGCUGUGCGCGUCGCCCCCUGGCACUUGGACAUCGAUAAAAGCGAGCUACGAUGGGAAAGUUAUGUCAAGGCGGGAUAUUAUGGUGUUCUGAAUCACUUCUUCUUUCCAUCGUCCAUAUCCCCCGUUCCUGUCCCUGUUGAUAUUCUUGUAACUGGAAAUGUCCCUCCUGGUUCUGGUCUUUCAAGCAGUGCGGCCAUGGUCGUCUCGAGUACGCUGGCAUUUUUAGCAGUCAAUGGUAUUUUUGACGGGGAAAAGGCCCCAACCAAGGGUGAGCUGGUAAAUAUUGCAGUGGAAAACGAGAGACGAGUUGGGGUGAACAGUGGAGGGAUGGACCAAUCGGCUUCCGUGAUCGCUCUUCCUGGCAGCGCACUAUAUGUUUCAUUCGUGCCUUCCCUUCAUGCGGAGCCAAUCGUACUUCCGCGCGACGCCGUGUUUGUCUGUGCUAAUAGUCGUCCAAAACUUCCUGACAGAUUUAAUCUCGGCGACAGCCUAGUCGUCUCCAAUAAAGCAGAAAGCGCUAAACACCACUACAACCUCCGUGUUGCGGAGACCCUCGCAGCUGCCCGCCUCCUCUCUCAUCGUCUUAAUCUCCAAGUCGACUCCAUAGACGGCGAAAACACGAAGCGGCACCUCGUCACCCUACGUGAAGUCCUCGCUCGGAAGAGCGGCUUCUAUCGAGAUGAGCAAGAUGCACAGUUGGAAGAUCUUGUGCUGCUCCAGAAAGGAUUGGUGGACAUGUUGGAAAUUGCUAUGGACUAUCUGUUGCCAGAGUUUGGUGAUAGAACAGAUAUCUCCCUAGAUGAGAUGAUUGGCAAGAGCGGGAUGGGUGAGGCAGAAUUUAGGGAGUUGUAUCUUUUGGGGGUGGACGUGGAGACAACUAACUUUGAGCUGUAUCUCCGUGCUCGGCACGUUUUUGAAGAGGCGCUCAAAGUGCUCAAAUUUAGGGAGGUCUGCUUAGCUGGAGGAGGUGCAGUUUUUUCCUUGGGCAAUGAAGAAUCCAAGCUCCAGACCCUCGGUAAACUGAUGAACGAGUCGCACGACAGCUGCCACAGGCAAUUCGACUGCUCCCAUCCGAAAGUGAACGACCUCGUCCGUGUCGCGCGGAGCUUUGGGGCAGUGGAGACAGGACGAGGAAAGGGGAGAAUAUAUGGGAGUCGUAUGACCGGCGCUGGCUGGGGUGGUUGCACCGUUUCUCUCGUACAUCGAGACGAUGUUGAAGCGUUUAUCAUGCACGUGAAAAAGAAAUAUGCGUCAUAUGAGGGCAUGAGCGAGGACGACCUUGCAAGCUGUGUAUUUGCGACGGAGCCGGGGAUGGGCGCGUGUGGUGAUUUUUGAUUUUGGUUUUGAGAAUUCUUGGGUGUGCUGAUGAUGUUCCUUGGACAGUGUUCAAGUUAACAGAUUGACCACCAGACUGGAAAGCCGGUCAGGGUUCGAUCACUAUGCUGGUAGUCUUUUGAUCGUUGUCGAUUCAAGAAGAACCCACGAAGGCACCACUCGGGUGUUGGUUGCUGAGAGGCUUGGGGAAGGAUACACGAAUUGUACUUACUAGUUUUGGAACUACAGGAACUUUGCCUUAUGUCGGAGUGAUGGUGUAUGACUUGGCCUUGCAGUCUUUUCUCGGAAUCGAAACAUUUGAGGCAUCGAUCAAUGCACAUUGCAGACCGUUUUCUCCUGAGUCUGUGCCUGGUAGUGAUUAAUCCUUGCACGAAUCGAUGUUAGAAACUACAUAAAUAGCUGACAAGUAUAGCAACACUUCCGAAAUCCA